GCAAAGCGCUCCCUCUUUCUCUCCUCCUCCUCUUCCAUCCCUCCCUCUUUUCUGUUCAUCCAUCCUUCCAUCUGUCCCCCUGACCGCAGUCUGCAUUCAGAGCCACACUGACUGCUGCUGGUGGACAGGAGCGAGUGGGAGGAACAUAUUUCCUGUUUCUUCUUUAAGAAAAUAAAAUAAAUAUAAAAUGAAGAGACAUCCUUCUGGAUCUGCUGCAGCAGCAGGGGUGGAUUUGGCUCCCAGCCUCCUGCAUUACACCAUCUUUCCCUUCUCCUCCUAAAAGCAGACAGAAAGCAAACAAGAGGAGUAGAGGGUUUUAGAUCACAGCAGAGAAAAUGAGUCACAUUAGAAGAUAAGGAGUGAACGUGGACAGGAAGAUGAGGACUGCAGUAGAAUGAGGGUCAAAGCGGAGGAGAAGCGCUGCAGCUGGAAGCUCUUCGAGUGCCAUUCCGCGUUUCUGAAGAAGUGAAGAAAAAAGAAGUCCACCGUGGAGACGAGACGCAGAAGGAGGAGGGCGGCUGAGGAGCAGGAAGCCAGAGGUUCCUCGCAUAACAUGGCUGCUGUGUCCUCUGCUUCUGACACUGGGGACAGCAGAGGCCGCCAUCCCCCUGAGCGCCGGUUGCUCAUCUUGGGCGGCCCCCGUUCAGGUAAGACCUCCUCGGCCAACACCAUUUUGGGGGACAAUGUCUUUGAUGGCGACACGGAGACCACACAUAGCAACGUGGGCCAGACAGAGAUCUACGGCCGACGUGUCACAGUUGUGGACACCCCACCGUGGGCCAUCCCGUCUGACCCAGAGGACGACGAAGACGCCGAUACCACCGACAACGCCGGCGCCGAGUCAGACAGCCCCACGCGGCCUGCACAGAGCCUGGACAGUGAGGGGCCCUGCAUGGGCGCCAUUCUCUGUCCUCCUGGACCCCAUGCCAUCCUGCUGGUGGUGUCAGUCACCCAACCCUUUACUGAAAUCGAGAGGAGGGCUGCAGAGGAGCAGCUAGGGGCUUUAGGUGGAGGGACUUGGAGGUAUUCCAUUGUCCUCUUCACAUCUGUGGACAAGCUGCCCAAGGGUGUUUUCAUUGAAGAACACAUAGAGAACACCGGAGAGGCCCUGCAGUGGCUGGUGGAGCGAUGUGGAAGCAGGUACCACUCAUUUGAUAACACGCGAAAAGAGACGGAGGACAACACCCAAGUACCUGAACUGAUGGAGAAGGUGGAGGAAAUGAUCACUGACAACCAAGGCUGGUACUUUGAGGUGAACGAGUUGAUACUUUUGGAGGAAGAACAGGCCAGGAGAGCUCUGGAGGAAGAGAGGAUGCGGAUGGAGGAGCAUGCAAGACAACGGGAGCAGAUGAUUGGAGGACCCCCCAGAGAGCUGCGGUUACUGCUGUUGGGCUGGAAGGGCGUUGGAAAAAGCUCAGUGGGGAACUCCAUCCUCGGUCGGCGGUACUUUGAAUCAGGCCAGGAGACGGAGCUGUGUUUGAGGAGGCAAGCGCUGGUCUGUGGCCGCCGGGUCACCAUUGUUGACACCCCUGGCUGGGACUGGUUCUCAGUGAGGCGAACCCCAAAGCGAAUCCGGCAAGAGACCCAGCGCGGGGCGGCUCUCCUGCGGCCUGGGCCCCACACCCUGUUGCUGGUCCUGCCAGUCGUCUCCUCCCUCACAGCCAGGAAACGCAGAACGCUGCUGGCUCACAUAGAGACCCUGUUCGGGGACGAUGCCUGCCUCCACACCAUGGUGCUCUUCAGCUGUGGGGACUGGUUGGGGCGCACACCCAUUGAGGAGCACAUCCUCAGAGGCGGGCGGGAUCUGCAAAGACUGCUGGAGUACUGUGGGAACUAUUACCACGUGAUGGACAGCAAGACACCAGGCAAAGACAGGAGUGUUUCGGUCCUGCUGGAUAAGAUAGAAGAGAUGAUCCGGGAGAACGGGGACAAGGCCUUCCUCCCCAUCCAGACGGAGUGGUUGAGUGAGGAGAGCUCGUACUCUUCAGACAACACAGAGCCAGAGGACGACUGCAGAGGAUGCAUGCUACAGUGACGGGCUGGCAGCAAAAGAGGCAGAAGCUCACCGACUCACCUGUGUUGUUCUCCAAGCAUCACCUCAAGUAACUUUAACCUCAUCUAGAUAUCCCUCACGUUCUCUGAAGAGGGGGAAAAAAUGAAGGCUUAGAAAGUCUGUAAAGUGACAAACUAGACCAGAUACACUGUUCGCUGAGCGCGCCUCAGCCCGGACUGUCAGUGGAGGUUAAACCACAUUUCUGCUAAAGAGUCUGUGUUUGAGCAUCACUGAUGAACUCGGAUUCAAAGGGCCGGAUCACAUCUGCCUGUUAACAGAAGUGAACAAUACGAAUGUCCGCUGGUUUUAAAAGAUUAAAAUAACUUAAAAUAUCUUGUAACUUGCUUCAUGUAGCAGAAGCAUGCAUAUGGCUUUCCCAUCUCCACCUCACCAGGUGGGAAACACGUUCGUUUAACAAUUGCAGGUUAAAUGUCGCUAAAAGUUUGAUUAGAUUCAGCUCAGGGGGCAGUUUUCCACAUAUUUCUUUGGGGAAUUUUUGCAGAAAUCCCUAAGCUGUAAAAAAUGAUUCUGAUUGUAAGUAAAAAAUGUUGCACUUUAAAUGCAGUUAGCUUUCCUUUUUUUCUAAACUAAUUGAAAAGAGGUAGACAUGGAUUAUACCUUUGCUGAGCAUUCAAGAAAAGCUCUAGAAAGCAGUUAGGAAGAAGGGCUGCUGCUGAAAGUGUGCAGCCUCAGAUCCCGGCGGAGCAGCGCGGGCUGCCUCUGCUGCAGUCAUGCAUCCAAGAGCAAAUAUCGACCAGGUACGUGCCUCAGCAUCAAAGCCUGCGAGAGGGAGCACAGCCCUGCAGCAGCAGUCCUGUAUCCAGGAGAGGCUACAUCAAGCUUUUGCAUGCUAUAAAGAAACACACAAAAAAGAAACAAAACCUCAAGAACCAGUUGAGCUCACAUAGCCUUUUACUGUCUGCUACUUUUUUACAUCCACCAGCUCCUUACGGGAGACCAGGUGGCUUGAGAGCGACCUCAGCUAACAUUGCGUCACCGCAUGCAAGCAAACCGAGUGCCUGUCGAGUUGCAGGCAACCUCACUUCUCAAUCCUCUGGCUUUUGCUUGAAACUUUAAAUAAAAUAAAAAAACAAUAAACUAUCCUGGCAUCUCAUUGCGCCACCGUACCUUAAAAGAAUAGAGAUGCAAUAUGGGAAAGGGGGGUGUUCAGUUAGUGACAAAAAACCACUGCCUCGCGGUUGAAAACUCAUUUUUUCCUACACAGAUGUGUUUCACAGAUGCUUCUAGUGACAUAAGCCACCCAGACCGUUGAGCAUGACCUCCAUCCCUGCUCCAUCUGUGAAUAUGUUGUUGAAUCCACAAAUACCUGCAGUGUGUGAACUUAUGUGCAAGUGUAAGCUGUUAGCAAAGCACUGUGUAAGCUCUGUUUUAAAGUAGCCAAAGUGAUGUUACCAGCUGUAAAGUGAUCACCUCAUCAGUCCCUUGCCCUCCCACUGACUCCAAUUAAAGCUACAAAGAAGUUUUU